CUCCCCUCCACCCUAUUUCCUCGCCCGCGCGAGUCUGAGCCAUACAGAGUGACGUAUGAGUUAUUCCGCGGCUUUCCACAUCCGUGGGUGCCAGCUCACCAAGUAUAAACCCAAUCCCGGGAGUUCUGCUUGUCACUCACUCAAUCGCACCGACCCAGUCACCAGAGCUGAACUUCAGCGGAGAUAGCAGGCACUUUCUCGGCGCUCAGGCUAGCUCGCUUUCGGCUUUGGUUCGAGAUGGAGACUCGCUCGACUGCACGGAGAUCUCGGAGCUCCAAAAUCCACAACUUCAAGAGUGGGCUCACCCUGUGGCUGGUGCUGUGGUUGGUGGUGCUGAAGCCGAGCGGGGUGGGGGCGUGUCCAAGGCUGUGUGUGUGUUACCCGUCACCCAUGACGGUUAGCUGCCAGUCUCAGAACUUCACCGCCGUGCCCUCCGGCGUGCCCUACGACUCCCAGCGCGUCUUUCUGCAGAACAACCGCAUCACCGAGCUCAGAGCAGACUCCUUUGGCUUCGAGACACAGGUCCUCUGGCUCUACUCCAAUAACAUCACAUUGAUUGAGGCUGGAGCCUUUAGCAACCUGAGGGUUCUAGAAGAGCUGGACCUUGGUGACAACCCGUCGCUACGGCGACUGGAGGGUGGAGCGUUCCGGGGACUGGAGAAGCUGCAGAGCCUGCACAUGCACCGCUGCAAGCUGGCCGCUCUUCCCCUCGACCUCUUCCUCAAACUCUACAGCCUGCAGUUCCUCUACCUGCAGGAGAACCAGCUGCACUUCAUCCAGGAUGACCUCUUCUCCGACCUGGUCAACCUGACCCACCUCUUCCUGCAUGGCAACCGUAUCCGCACGCUGUCCGAGAACGCGUUCCGCGGCCUGGUCAACCUGGACCGCCUCCUGCUCCACGACAACCGCAUCCGGCAGGUGAACCGCCGUGCCUUCCGUGACCUGGGCCGUCUGACCAUCCUCUACUUGUUCAACAACUCCCUGGCAGAGCUGCCAGGCCAGGCCAUGAACGACGCUGUGGCAGUGCAGUUCCUCCGCCUCAAUGGGAACCCCUGGUCCUGCGGCUGUGAGGCCCGCCCCCUGUGGGAAUGGUUCCGUACUGCACGCAUCUCCUCCUCUGAGCUGAUGUGCUCAUCCCCCUCCCACCGCCGUGGACAGGACCUGCGCUUCCUCCGAGAGAUGGACUUUGCCCUUUGCCCCCUCCCUGACCCCGGGUCACUGGCUGGCACCACCACAACCACCUUUAGCACCAAGACAAGAUGGUGGUUCUCCAAGCACAAGCCUGCGUCCUCAUCCAAAGGAAUCUUCCAGAAGGGCUCGGAGAAGGUCAAGGUUUUUCCCUUGUCCUCAGUCAAGCCCAGCCAGACCUCCAACCCUUCCUCCACCUCCUUCUCCUCUAAGUACGAGCUGGCGGAGGAGGAGGUGAACCUUCCCAAGGUGUACCAGGAGGACUACUGGGCAGAUUACGGGAAUGAAGACGCCUCUGUGCGCUGCUUCGAGCUUGAGUGUCCGCCCGGUUAUGAUACACCGAUCCUCCCGCCCUCCUCCUCCUUCUCCCUCACUCCGUCUUUACUCCCUCUCCUCUCCCUUUGUGUGCUAACUCUGUCCCUCCAUCUUCUCUUUGGCUGAACACCCACCCACCCCACCCCAUCAGCCGCUCCUUUUCUCCAACUUUAUUUUCUCCCUCCUCUUUCUUCUCUUCACACCUGGAUCUCGUUUGCUUUCAGUUU